AUGCGAAGUAGCAGCAAUACCUCCAGCAGGCGAAGCAGAAGCAAUAGCGGGGGCAGGACCGGGAGCAGUGGGAACCUGGGCGUCAUCGCGGCCAAGGCGCGAGGAGAACAACACACUCGUUCGAGUUCGGUGGUCGACCUGGUUGACAUCCUCGAGAAGAAGGAGCUGUCGGCCGCCGAGGUCAUGGUCAUUCGACAAAGCAUGGUGCAGACUCAAGACAGACUGUUUGUAGCGACCAACCCUAACGAGGUCGGCGGCGGCACCGGUGCCGGUUCGGCCGAACGAAAGAGCUCGGCGGCGUCGGCUGGAGCGAUGGGGGAGGUGGUUGGCGACGACAGCAUGGUCGUGGGCAAGGGCAUCAUGAUCAAGGGCGACGUUGACAACUGCGCGACUCUAAUCGUGGAAGGCUACUUCGAGGGAAACUUUCGGGGGGGGUUCCUAGCUGUGCCGAAGGGCGGCAAGUACGUGGGGAUGGCUGACGUGCGAAGAGCUGACAUCGGCGGCCGGUUGCACGGGACCCUCAGCGCGAGCACCCUACUCGAGGUGCGGGCAUCCGGCAAGAUCGAGGGUAUGGUGCGCUAUAACGACGUCAAGCUCGAGCAGGGGGGCAGCAUGGUCGGCGAUAUCCAGCAAGGAACGAAAUCGUAGCUGGACGGCAUAUGAACAACUGGUACUUGUCGCCGCGUGCGCGAUGAUGACGGCCUCGUGCCGUAACUGCUAUAUGUUGUGCUUCGAUUACGAUCGGAGCAUGUGUGUUCAAUCGUUCGUUGCACGCUGCUGCUGGGGUCUGAUAUUGGCGGGGCCGGGGCGGUUCUGCACUUCUUCCUUGUGAGGAUGCCAUACCCUCUGUCAAGCCGUGCUCUUGCAAGUAGUACUCUGCUGCGUCAAUCACUCUUGUGGCGUCCUUGCUACGUCGGUUCUUUUGUCUAAUGAGCUCCGUCAGGUGGUAACAUGGGUUUACAUUUAGGUCGUCUCGAGAGCCGGUAGAAGUAGAUACGCGGCAGAUGUUCAUCGCUUGAAAGGUUUAGUAUUUUUUUUCCGUGUCACUCCGUCUGUAUGUACAUUAACUGCUGAACAUCUACGGUUUGGUGUUUCAAGAAUAUUAAUCAGUCCCAUGUUGUACACGGAGUGUACAAUACUGUAGUCGACGUGGUAGUGCCAUUCGUGUUCUCCGACGUAUUCGUAGUGGAGA